AUGCCCAUGGUCGCAUCUGCAUCGGAGACUGUUCCUCAAUGCGCUCUCAAUUGCGAACAACAACUCACUGAUACAACCUCCUGCUCGAACACCGACACAACAUGUCUCUGCGACGAGGCACAAUACCAAAAAGACCUAUCCAAUUGCGCCAUGGCCAAUUGUUCCAUGAAAGAAGCACUAACUGCAAAAUACAUCGUCUCCCGGCAAUGCGAUCUUCCGAUGCCUCAGCGAUAUCCCGAGGCAGACCCUGCAACGAUUAUUCCGUUCGUUAUCGCGACGAUUCUGUUUGCUAUUCGGAUGGUUGCGAAGUCCUUGCGACUUGGUGGUGGUUGGGGACCGGAUGAUUAUACUAUCAUUGCUGCAUAUGCAUUGGCAAUUAUUGCAUUCGCAUUGAACAUCUCAAUGGUCCAUUACGGCUUCGGAAUGAACAUUUGGGAUAUAGUCCCACAGGACAACAUUACCAUAGCAUACAAGUACUUCUUCGCCUUCGUUCUCGUCUACAAAGCCUUAAUCUCUCUUGCCAAAAUAUCUGUCUGUCUCUUUCUCCUCCGCAUCUUCCAAUCAACCGCCUUCCGCUACACAACAUAUACCAUGAUAGCCAUCAACACUGCGGUCGCGAUCACAUGGAUUCUAACCGACAGCUUCCACUGUAUACCUGUGCAUCUUGCAUGGACAGGAUGGGCGAUGGAGGAGCAAGGAACGUGUAUUAAUUUUAUUGCGUCAACGUUUGCGAAUGGGUUUGUAAAUAUUGUUGUGGAUACAGUUAUGGUGAUUAUGCCGGUUUAUGAGGUGUCAAGAUUGAACUUGUCAGUGCAGAAGAAGGUUGGGGUUGCUGUUAUGUUGGGUAUGGGGUUGGUAUUGACGGCUAUUGGAAUCAUCCGAGUAGUCAUAUUCUCCCAAAACACCUCCAACACAAACCCAACCUUUGAAAUGGAACCCCUAAACCACUGGUCCGUGAUUGAAUGCCAAAUGGCCAUCAUCUGUGCCUGCCUCCCCACAAGCCGCGCGCUCUUCGUCCGUAUCCUCCCUAGUGCAGAUACAAGCCAUGACUCCUCAACCGCUCGCCCCUACCCAACCGCAACAGGUGCUUCGAGCAGAACAGCUGCUCUUUCCGCUUUUGCUGGAGCAGGAUCGGGUACGGGGGAAAAGGAAAAGAGUCUGAUUUCGAAGAGGGUAUCGUAUUCGGUUGAUGUUGGGGCGAAGGCUAAAGCGUUGAAGAGGGAGUCGGAUGGAUUUAUUCAGUUGAAAGAUAUUGAGAUUGGGGGGGAGAGGGGAUAA